AUGAAGACUGCUCCAUUUGAGUGCUGCGCCGCUAGUAGGUGCCGAUCCCCGGCAACAUGCCGGAGGUGCAGGGGGUGUGAUGGUCACUGUAGGUGCGGCGAGCAGGCUAUCCGGUAUGUUGACCCGGAAGAUCCUCACCCCAUGGUGAGAGGACUGCAUCCAUCGCUUAACGACUACCGUACGGCCGGGGAUGGCAGUGCAUUUCAGAGCCCCCGAACAUGGGGAGAUGCGCCACUGACCCCCCCGUGUAGGCCCGACUCACCGUGGUCCGAGGGAAGUCAAGAUAGUGAUGACGACGUCAUCCACGUUUUAGGUGAGGAUGACCCCCUGCCGACGUAUGGAGUCAAAGGGGAAAUUAGUUUUUACGACAUUCCACGUAGCAGAAUCUCGGAUGUAUGGGAGAGUGGACACGGUGGCAGCCGGGGAAAAGGACCUACGCCUGUACCAUGGGACGAGAGUGACCUCGCCUUUGCUGACAUCCCAGUUAGGCCGGAUUACAAAAUGGACAGAUGCUUCGUCAUAGACGAUGAAGGGACACUCAUAGCCGACAUCCGAGAACUGACCGUACGCAUCCGGAUGGUUUGCGAUAUGUACGUGGCCCCUUGGUCUACGGACCUCAAGGAAGGAUGGCCGGGAGAUGCCGGGGCUUCGAGCGAUAUGAUAGACGAGUUCAUAGGCUGGUCAAUGGCCAAGUGGUUCCAGGAUACGUGUGCGCCGCCCUGGCUUAAAACGCACGCGCUGUGCCCGACUUGGUGGCCCCAGGCCUGCUAUCACGGUAGAAGACAGACCGUAGGGGGGUACGUGGACGGGAACCUGGCUCCCCGGAGUGGAGACUUGGCAGGAGGGAGUGACGUUGCCAUUAAAGUUGGGGUUAUAGAGAAGGGGACGAGUCUAUAUCGAUGUUCGCGUACCUCGUAG